AUGGGUAUAAAACAAUUGAUUUUUAGAAACCUAAAGCCUGCUUUAUAAUACAUUUUUGUACUGAUUACUAUCCGGAACUUCAACUACAUUGAAGCUACAUUUUCUUCGAGUGCAGUUAGCCAAACUUAUAGACCAACAAUCGAUCGAUCGAUCGGCCAGCGUGUGGCCCGUAUUCCGUGUCCAUUAGAGAGCAAUUUUCAAGCGAGAAGGCCUUGGCUCAUAUGGUGCAAUAGUUGGAGUGGCCAGCAGGCCAUCCGGCCAGCAGAACACUUUCACAAAUCCGCUUUCCACCUGAUUGCGCAAUCGAAUCCGAAUGCCCCCGACGCUAAGCGCGUCAAACGGCAAAACUCUUUCAAUGUCAUUGCAAUUGCAAUUGCAAGUUCGCUGCCGCCGCACAAGCCCACACACAACAGUAUGUUGGUCGUCAGGCUCAAGGCCACGUCAGCAAUAAAGUAAGCCAGGUUGACCAACAUGUGUACUGUAUGUAUGCACACAACAGUUUGGCCAAGAAGCCGGGAUGGCGACGGGGGGCAGAGGGCGGAGCGCCUGCGCCCAAACAAAAAGCAUAGCCAACAACAGCCGGUUGCACAACAACAAGCCGAAAAGUGGGUGUGCGCCGACGAGCCCACCACCGCUCACUGGCCCAAACGGAGCCACCCGAUCCCCGCCUGACUAAAAAUGCCACCUUCUCCACCGGCGUUCGGGUGCAGCAAUGUCUGGCCAAAAGAGCGGAAAAUCAAGUCUAGCUUGGUGCGACCACCAACACUGAAUACCCUAUAAAGGUAAAACUCGGGAAUUUCCCAAUAAUGUUGUAACAUUUUCAAAAGUCAGAUGAUGCAAGCAAAGAUUUAGCAAUGCUAUGAUUUCCAAUUUGAAAAUAUGCCGUCUGUAUAUCUGUUGUCUUUCAGUUGAUACGUAUUUGAAAUCGAUCUAGUAAGUCCCGAAAAAAAUAUCACCAAAGCUAUUUUCGAAUUUGAUAUAUUCUAUAUAUUUGUAUAUGUAAAAGCACAACUUAGCCAACAAAAUGUCUCGAUACUCCAUGAAAGGCAUCAAUUUCAAUGUUAAACGCGAUAUACAGAAGGUGGAUGCUCGCACCUAUGGAUUCCUGAAGACCAAGGGAUCGGAUACGCCGAUGCCCACGGCCGCGAAGAGGAUUAAUCAAUCGACGUUGAUCGAAAGAUUGAAGUCCAUAACAUUAUCUGAAGUGGUGGGCGACGAAGAUCAAUCGUCUACGGAUUCGUUGGAACCGGGUAGCAUGUCCUUCGAAAUGAAACGGAAGCUAUUUGAUGCAGCCGAGUUUACCAUCACCCGAGGUCGGAAACUGAGUGACCUACCGCAUGCCGCCGAUGAGGGGAUUAACUUUAGUCCGUACGAUACCGGCAACAAGACACUCGAAGAAAUCGAGGAAUACUGCCGUGCCCUCAACAUUAAGUUUGCCAAAUGAAAGGAUAAGCUCUUUCAGAGAUUUUACACAAUGGAAUUUGGUGGAUAAAGGAUGAAACUGAGCAGGAGAGUAAUAAGGUCUAUAUUCUAUACAAUCCAAUGCAAAUCAAAAAAACUAUUUUAUAAAGCUGAGUUCACUUCAGAACAAAACCAAAACUGUACUGAAUAGAUUUUAUAUUUUGCAUAAUAAAACAUAAUCUUAAAUAAAUAUGGCAAUUUUGUUUAAGUAUAUAAUGAAAUUAGGUACGAGUGCAAGCUUCAAGCAAACAUCGAUAUACCCUUUGCAUGGAAAUUCCAAACCAAACUCGUUUCACAUUUUUAAAGUUUUUCUCGAGUUGUUGUGCCAGUUUUUUUUGUUUUUUUUUUUUGUUUUGCGUAAUAAAUAAACAAAGCAAUGUGACGAUCGACUUGAAUAAGUUAUUCAACGCAUUCUCCUGCAAUUCCGCGUACGCAUCGUACUUUCUUUAUUGCACUUCGACUUUCUUUUGGGCCAUGUUUGCUCAAAACUUGACCCAAUUCUCGGUUUUAUGUCCGUCGAUUUGAUAAUGAGAAGAUCAUCAACAAAUUUUCAUUGAGCCAUUUGGUGCUGAUAAGGAAUAACUGCACUUGAAACUCGAGAUUUCUUAUCAAUACCGCCUUACGAUCGCCUAUAAUACUUUGCUUUUUAUGCUACCCUACAACACUGCCAUAAAUAUUAGUUCGUUUUUUUCGUUUAUUAGAAAUUACACAUAGACCUAACCACUUUCCAUAGAAAGAUUUAUUAAACACUUCCUGAACUCCCAGGGUCACAAAACAUUUUAAUUUGCAAACCAGUUCCGCUUCUCGAAUGCAGACACUUAAGUUCUUGACUUUCACUUGAUCAUUAAUGGGUAUAACUCAAUGGGGAGCACUUCUAAAGCAUUAUCAGUGGGUGCAACCUCUCGAGUUGGACUUCAAAAUGGGCACGAGGACCGGACCAGAUUUGCAGCGCCACUUAAUUGAUGCAAAUCGAAAUCGAAAUCGUGUCAGAGUCAGAAUCAGAAUUUUUCGCUCAGAUAACGAUAUCACUCGACGUUUGCCGAGAUGCGUCCUUUGGAAUGGAAAAUUUUUCGACUCGAACGCAAACAUGUUUCGCAAAUGCAGCUUGGAAUUUUCCAUUGACAUUCACAAGAAUUGUAAAGUUAACCCUGAAUCUGGUUGCAGAUCCAAGUCGAUUCAUAUUCAUUUUUUUCAAUAGCUGCAGUUGUUUUUUCAACGCACCAAAGUGUAUGGGCUAUAUGAAGUAUAAAGUUUUCAAUUUAGGAAACAAUUUGAAAUUAAAUAUCAAACUUUCUUUGAUCACUGAACUUCAGGUAGUGUCAUUAGCAUAAGAUAUCUUAAAGAUAGAUUUCGUAACUAGAUUGUUUCGAGAUAGAUGUAUGAUUAACAGAACCCAAACCUAUAAAUAUAUUAUGCUUGAUAUUUAAUCCGAACAAUAAAAAAAGCAGAUAACAAUUCAAGCGCAACUUAGUUUUAUGUCAGUUCGAUCUGCUUUGGUUGGGGUUUUAUUUUAAGGAGAUUGUGCCUCCAAAACGUAUCCGGACAGGAAAUACCUGUAUGAUGCGUACUUGAGCCGAGAACACGUUUAUCGUAUAACAUUUAAAGAGAAACAUUAAACAAAUGCGUCGGUCGUCGGUUCAUUGGCAUGCAAUCGUCAAAAAAUGUGUCUGGCACGUUACCGAAAUGCUAAUCGCUUCACCUUUCGUUCCGAUCUCUCAA